AUGUCAAGAGCUCUUUCAUCAACAAAUGUUAUUAUUGAUGAUCAAGUUAUUGAAGCUACAAUAAUUUUUUCAAUAGAAUCUGGUAAAAUUUUAGAAAUUUUCAAUAAAAUUGUAUCAAUUAAUGAUCCAAUAUUGAAAAUUUAUGAUGUUAAACCAACAAAUUAUAGAAAUGUUUCCCCAUAUUUCAUCAUGCCUGGUCUUGUUGAUGCUCAUGUUCAUUUAAAUGAACCAGGAAGAACUGAAUGGGAAGGUUUUGAAACUGGUACUAAAGCCGCUGCCGCUGGUGGUGUUACUACGGUUAUAGAUAUGCCAUUAAAUGCCAUUCCACCUACUACAACUAUUGAAAAUUUUAAUAUAAAAUUAGAAGCUGCUAAAGGUCAACUUUGGGUUGAUACUGGAUUUUGGGGUGGUUUAAUUCCAAGUAAUUUGAAUGAUUUGGUUCCAUUAAUUAAUGCUGGUGUUAGAGGUUUCAAAGGAUUUUUAAUUGAUUCAGGUGUUGAUGAAUUUCCUGCAAUUAAUGAAAAUUAUGUUAAUAAAGCAUUGAAAUUAGUUGAAGGUUAUGAUACUUUAAUCAUGUUCCAUGCUGAAAUGCAACCUCGUGAAAAUGGUCAUGGUCUUCAAACUAUUGAACAUAUUGAUGAAAUUGAAGAUUUAAAUAUUGGAUUCAGUCAACAAAGUAUGAAUGGUAAUGGGAAUGGUCAUUCAUAUUUAAAAUCUCAUACAAAUGGUAAUGGUCAUAUGAACGGAAAUGGACUUUCAAAUGGUAAUGGUCAUAUGAAUGGUAAUGGUCAUUCAAAUGGUGAUGGUCAUAAUCAUACAAAUUGUAAUGGUCAUACUCAUCAUAAUCAACCUUUAGAUAAUAUUAAAAAAAAUCUUCAACAUAAAAGUAAUCUAUUACCAACUCAUCAAGAUGAUCUAGAAUUCAUUCAUAAAAACUUGACAGAUGAACAAAUUGAAUCAUUGGCAUCUUCAAAAGCUUUAAUAGCCGCUGAACCAACCACUGGGAUACCAUCAAAUGUUGUCCAUCAUGAUAAUAAAGUUCAAUCACCAUUAUUGAAAGCUUCAGAAUCUCAUGAUGAAUUAACAAAUGUUGACCCAACUUCUUAUGCAUCAUUUUUAGCUUCAAGACCUGAUAUUUUUGAAGUUGAAGCUAUUAAAACUAUUAUUUCAUGUGCUGAAAAAACACCAUCUGUUCCAUUACAUAUUGUUCAUUUAGCAACUCAAGAUGCUGUUCCAAUACUUUUAGAAGCUCAAAACCGUGGAUUGAAAAUAUCUGCAGAAACUUGUUUCCAUUAUUUAUCUUUAUUUGCUGAAAAUAUACCAAAUUGUUCAACUUUCUUCAAAUGUUGUCCACCAAUUCGUACAAAUGAAAAUAGAUUAAAACUUUGGGAUGCUUUAAGAAAUGAUAUUAUAACAACUGUGGUUUCUGAUCAUUCACCAUGUACGCCAGAAUUGAAAAAUUUAGCUCAAGGUGAUUUUUUCUCAGCUUGGGGUGGUAUAACAUCUGUUGGAUUAGGUUUACCAGUUUUAUAUACUGAAGGUUUAAAACUAUCACCACCAGUUAGUCUAGUUGAUAUUGUUAAAUGGACUUCAAAAAAUACAGCAAAACAAGUUGGAUUAUCACAUAGAAAGGGUUCAAUUAAAGUUGGUAAUGAUGCUGAUUUAGUUAUAUUUGAUCCUUUCACUCAACAAACUAUUGAAAAUGCUAAAACUCACUUCAAGAAUAAACUAACCGCUUAUAAUGGAUCAACUUUACAAGGUAGAGUUAUGGAAACUGUAUUGAGAGGUAAUUCAAUAUUUGCGGUUGAUAAGGGACAUUCUGAGAUCCCAUUUGGUAAAACAAUACUAGAGAAAAGGGGUCAUCAUUAG